AUGGCGGCCGCGGCGGCGCUCUCGGGCGCGGGCGCCCCUCCCGCGGGCGGCGGGGCCGGGGGCGGCGGAUCCCCGCCGGGCGGCUGGGCCGUGGCGCGGCUCGAAGGCCGCGAGUUCGAGUACCUCAUGAAGAAGCGCUCGGUGACCAUCGGGCGCAACUCGUCGCAGGGCUCGGUAGAUGUGAGCAUGGGUCAUUCGAGCUUCAUCUCGCGGCGCCACCUGGAGAUCUUCACGCCCCCGGGCGGCGGCCAUAGCGCUGCCGCCCCGGAACCCGCGCAGCCCCGGCCGGACGCGGGCGGCGAUUUCUACCUGCGCUGCCUCGGCAAGAACGGCGUGUUCGUGGACGGGGUGUUCCAGCGGCGCGGGGCGCCGCCGCUGCAGCUGCCGCGCGUGUGUACUUUCAGGUUCCCGAGCACAAAUAUCAAGAUCACAUUUACAGCCUUGUCCAGUGAGAAGAGAGAGAAGCAAGAAGCCCCAGAGUCGCCCGUGAAGCCUGUGCAGCCCCACAUCUCACCCCUGACCAUCAACAUUCCAGACACUAUGGCCCACCUCAUCAGCCCCCUUCCCUCUCCCACGGGAACCAUCAGUGCUGCAAACUCCUGCCCAUCCAGUCCCCGGGGAGCAGGAUCUUCAGGGUACAAAGUGGGCCGUGUGAUACCAUCUGACCUCAAUUUAAUGGCUGACAGUUCACAGCCAGAAAAUGAAAAGGAAGCUUCAGGUGGAGACAGCCCAAAGGAUGACUCAAAGCCACCUUACUCCUAUGCACAGUUGAUAGUACAAGCAAUUACAAUGGCUCCUGAUAAGCAGCUCACCCUCAAUGGAAUUUAUACACACAUCACUAAAAACUAUCCAUACUACAGGACUGCAGACAAGGGCUGGCAGAAUUCAAUUCGCCACAAUCUCUCUCUGAACCGUUAUUUCAUCAAAGUGCCACGUUCCCAGGAAGAACCAGGCAAAGGCUCCUUCUGGAGGAUAGAUCCAGCCUCCGAGAGCAAGCUGGUAGAGCAGGCUUUUAGGAAGAGACGGCCUAGGGGCGUGCCUUGCUUUAGAACCCCCCUGGGACCGCUCUCCUCUAGGAGUGCCCCAGCUUCUCCCAACCAUGCGGGAGUGUUGUCUGCUCACUCCAGUGGCGCCCAGACCCCUGAGAGCCUGUCGAGGGAGGGCUCCCCUGCCCCCUUGGAGCCUGAGCCUGGCGCUUCACAGCCCAAACUUGCCGUCAUCCAGGAGGCGCGGUUUGCCCAGAGUGCACCAGGGUCACCUCUCUCCAGUCAGCCUGUCCUAAUCACUGUCCAGCGGCAGCUGCCCCCGGCCAUCAAGCCUGUCACCUACACUGUUGCAACCCCAGUGACCACACCCACCUCCCAGCCGCCUGUUGUGCAGACGGUCCAUGUUGUCCACCAGAUACCAGCAGUGUCAGUGACCAGUGUGGCUGGUCUGGCCCCAGCAAACACAUACACAGUUGCUGGACAAGCUGUGGUCACUCAGGCUGCGGUGCUGGCUCCUCCUAAGGCAGAACCACAAGAGAAUGGCGACCACAGAGAAGUCAAAGUGAAAGUAGAGCCUGUCCCUGCAAUUAGCCCAGCCACACUAGGCGCUGCUAGCCGAAUCAUCCAGACAUCCCAGGGUACCCCUGUGCAGACAGUGACCAUAGUACAACAGGCGCCUUUAGGUCAACACCAGCUUCCAAUAAAAACUGUAACGCAGAAUGGAACUCAUGUGGUACCAAUGCCUACAGCAGUGCACAGCCAGGUGAACAACGCAGUGGCGAGUCCUCUCCAUAUGUUGGCAACCCAUGCAUCAGCAUCGGCAUCCCUGCCCACAAAGCGCCAGAAUGGUGACCAGGCAGAACAGCCAGAGCUCAAGCGAAUUAAAGCAGAAGAUGGCGAGAGCAUUGUCAUUGCCCUGAGUGUGGAUGCGCCACCAGCAGCUAUGAGAGAAAAGGGGAUCCAGAACUAGCUGCUGGGAGACCUUUCCUUCAGACAUCAACUUUGUGGUGCCAAAAGGAGAUGCUGCCUCUUCUGAAGCAGGGAGCGCAUCCUCAGUGGGUAAAGGGCCCUGCGGUUGGACUUCACCUCUUAGCACUGAAAACAUGAACCCAGGUGGCCUUAAAACUCCUUAAUUUAAAGACAAGUUACACUUGAACAGACCCACAACAGCAACCCUGGUUCCAGAGGUGGUGUCUCCUACAGAGCACUCGCUGGGCUGUCAUCUGUGGGCUCAGCUUUUACUACAAGCAAGAACUCCAGGUCAUGAAGGACUGAGUCUCUUGUGCGGAUGCAGCACAUGCUGCCUGUGGCUCUCUGACAGAGCCACAGCCAUCGGCUGCCCUCAUAGGACCUGAAGGCUAGGGCUGAGAGACAAGACAGUAUUUUGUUGUCUACAUGUGGAAUUAGAAUACUUGGAGAUGUCCUUUCUUUACUAAAUAAUGGGGUCUUUGACAUUUCA